UGGAGUGUCCAUGGCUGCAGUGAGGACUUUAAAGCACAUCACCGUGCGAUAGAUUAAAAGGCAGUUCAUCCUGUUCUGCAAAAACACGCCAGCUCUUAUCGACCUUAACAGACGGGACUUCACUGGCAUCAGAGUGUUACGGCACCGAUGGUCAACCUCCUCUCGGCAUGCCCGACAAACGGACUCAAAAAUCACCCGGUGGAUUUACCCGUCGAGAUGAAUAUCUUCCUACACUUCCGAAGUUGUUCCAGAGACUACGGAGGCAUCAUGUCGGCUCUGGGCUCGGACUCCUGGUGGAAGAAGACCCUGUACAUCACCGGGGGGGCCCUGCUGGCUGCUGCAGCCUACCUACUGCAUGAACUGCUCGCCAUCAGGAAGGAGCAGGAGUUGGACUCUAAAGACGCCAUCAUCCUCCAUCAGUUCUCCAGGCCAAAGAAUGGCGUGCCCAGCCUCUCACCCUUCUGCCUCAAAAUAGAGACAUACCUGCGCAUGGUGGAUCUGCCUUACCAGAAUUACUUUGACGGGAAGCUGUCGCCGCAGGGUAAGAUGCCCUGGAUGGAGUACAACCACGAGCAGGUUUCAGGGUCCGAGUUCAUCGUAGACUUUUUGGAGGAGAAGCUGGGUGUCAACCUCAACAAGAAUCUCACCCCGCAGGAGAUAGCUGUGUCCCGAGCUGUCACCAAAAUGGUCGAGGAGCACCUCUACUGGACGAUAGCCUACUGUCAGUGGGUGGACAACCUGGAGGAAACUCAGAAGCUUCUGGCGAUGAGCGGCCCUCUGAGCGACACGCUGAAGUGGCUCCUGGGUCACCUGAACGGCAGCAUGGUGCGCAGGGAGAUGUAUGGGCACGGCAUCGGACGCUUCUCUAAAGAGGAGGUCUACACACUGAUGGAGAAAGACAUGAGGACGCUGGCCACACUGCUGGGAGAUAAGAAGUACUUUAUGGGCUCUAAAAUGUCAACAUUAGAUGCUACAGUGUUUGGACAUCUAGCCCAGGCUAUGUGGACUCUGCCUGGGACACGACCAGAGCAACUCAUCAAAGGAGAAUUGAUCAACCUGGCCAUGUUCUGCGAGCGGAUGCGGAGGAGGUUCUGGCCCGAGUGGUUUGUGGAGGUGGAGGAUCUUUAUUAUGACGGAGACAGUGAGAGCAGCAACGACGGCUCCCCUACAGGCCUGCUGGACUUUGGCCUCUUCUCCAGGACUGACACUCUGGACGACAGCGACACCAGCGGCCAGUCUGCCGGACACACGCACACGCACUCCCCGGACUCCGACCGCUCGCUCUUUGACUCAGAUGUGGGAACGGGAUCUGACAAUGACAUUCAUCUUAAGGAGGAGUUAAUGCCUGACCUGGAGGUUUGACCUGACAAUAGCUGUGAUUGGCUCUCAGAUUGAGACUGACAGGAGGCUGGAAUUGUGUUGGUUAGCCUGAAAAAUCUGGCAACCUGAACAUGUUGUCAGACAACAACUCUCACAGCUGAAGAAACUAUUCCAGCUCCUCCACCUCUUAAUACCCCAAAUGAUAUACCUUCCAGAUGGACGGACUGGGUAUUAUUAUGCAGAGCAUACAAAUGGAAUCUCUUAAUACACAUGCUAUUGUAUGGUUUAUCCCCUGCUGUAGUGUCAAAACUGUCCCUGUGGCAGUUUCUCUUUGCCUUAUUUGUCUUGUCCCAAGAUGCGGAAGCUGGUGUGAAAGGUUAACACAAAGGAAACAUCUCAUGAAAAGUGCGGAGACGACAGAAGAGUGCUGUAGACAAGACAGGUGGCACUUCACUUGCUAUGAAACGAUGCAACUAAUCACCACUCUGCCGUGUGUCUUAAUGCACAAACCCAUUUGAACGGGUGGAGAUUGAUCAUGUGGCUAAAAGGAACAGCUGCUGUGUCUCAGCUGUUAACCAUCAGUGUGCUGGAGAGGAAACACAGAUGACACUGAGUGCCAGUCUAUGCCCUAGAUUGAUCCUCAUGUCAUGUCCUUUAUGCUACUGUAUGUGGGAAGAACCUGUAUCAAAACAUAAUGUAUGUGUCAUCAGACCGCAACCCCAGAUGUAGGCCGAUGGUAUAUAAGUCAGAAGGAAAAUGAGCAGAUAUGUGCCUGUUUCAUUUACCGUUUAUCAUCCUUAUUUGCUUGCACUUUGUUGUUAAUGUAUAGAGCUGUAAAUUGUACAUUUGACCACUAGAUGGAGUCAGCAGUCAGCCUUAUGCGUCCUUUAUUCUGUAACAUCAAGGUCAUUCCACCCUGAGGACCUGCAGUCUAUUUAACACAGCAAAUGAUUUCUCCUUCAGUCCUAAACUUUAAUAUUGUGGUUCCCAUUCAUAGGUGUGUGUGUGUGUAGGUGUGAUGUGCGUAUGCCUGCAUACUUGCAUACUGCAACAAAUCAGCCUUAGUUCUCUCAGACUAAAGCAAUUGGUGAAAAUAGUCUGUGACAGUUUUUGUUGUGAUAUAAUUUAUUAUCAGUGCCACUUUAUUAUUCUGUCUAUAUGAUCUAAUGUGUCAAAUAUAUAUAUUUUGUUAAUCUAUGUUUUGUUAUUGCUCUCAAAGAGAGAUGUUAUUUUGCACUAAUGGAAAUUAAUUUUCACCUUAUUUCAAUGGGAGCUUUCUGCUAUAGUGAUAGAGGAUAGGACAAAUGAAUGGAAAACAUAAAAGUGUAUAUCAGUAGUACAGGACGCUGAGUGUUCUGAUUGUGCUGCGAGGGGACUGUGCAGCUUAUGUUGGCAUUGUGUGUAUGAAUUUUACUGGGUGUGAAUGUCAUCAAUGAAGCAUUUGAUGAAGGGUCUUUGGAGAGACAGAAUACCAAAUCAACAGAACUGAACAUUGUUAGUUUAAAAAUCAUGGCUGUAAAAUGGACCAAUACGUGUUGGGAAGUGUUUGCUUUUUUUUCACAUUUAGCUUGGUGGAAGUGCUCGUAAUGGCAAUACGAUGGCUGUAAAAAGAUAUUGGUACGUAUAGAGUAGAUGUGACUUAGGGGUCAGUUCACCCAAAUUACAAAAGAAAGAGCGUUAUUGAGCCAUGCAGAUAGCUUUGGUUUUAUUUUUCCAGGUUUCCGAUAUACAUGUAAAUGCAGAUAUAUUUAUAUAUCUGUAAGAUUUCUACCUCUGCCUCAAUACAAUAAAGAGGGAUGGAAUUUUGUUUGUGGUGCUCAUAGUAUUAAAAACAGACAUCAAAAAUUUAAAAUCCAUCCAGUUCCUGUUUCAGUACAGGACACAGGACACACUGUCAACAGUUUUCACAAGGGCUAUUUCUUUGGUUAAAAUUAACUCCAGUGAAAACUGUAAUAUCACUUUUUCAAAUAAAAUCAAGUUCAAGCUAAUGAUAGCUAAAAUAAAUUGUACACAUAGCAUAAUCCUAAACGUUUCAUGUUAUGUUUAUUCGCGGUGCCUCCACUCACAUAAAUGUUGCGCUAACAGGGACUUUGGAUGUGUUGUUGUGACAAUGUUACUGCAAGGUAAUUAACAGACUUACCUUUAUCCAUGAUUUUUCCGUGUAUGGUGUUAAAUCCAAAAUGCUUUUCCUGUCAAAUGGUGGUUUAAAUUUGAAAGGGACAGCUUUAGCCCCAGCAGCCUCUCUGGACAUGCUUUUUUCGAUUCCAUAGAGAAUUACCUCUCAUCAGCUCUAAUUUUUUAAUGCAGCAGGCAGCUGUUUUCAUUAAAAACGCUUUGAUAAACCCACUGUACCCUACCUGCCCAGCACCAAACAGCAAACACACAAAUUUACAGCUGGUGUUUGUAGCUGGUGAACAUGCUGGAACAUUUAGCUGCUUAACGGACAGAUACUUCCCUCAGGAGAUGGUGGAUGGCAAAAAGCAGGACCAGAAACAUGGCUCCAGAUGAAUACCACUGUUCCUCCGUGUCUGCUAGAUGUGUAGACAAGCAACUGUUUGCUAACAUGCUUGCUACAUAAUAUAUCAGUGUUUACAUCUUGUUUCUGCAGCCCCCAAGUGGUCAAAAAGUCAGUUAAUGCAGCUUUAAAUAUAAUUUGUCAAUGCUCUGAGCACCACAAACACCUUGGGGUAAUAAAAUAUGUGAAGAUGUGUUUUUUUGCAGUUUGGAUGAAGUGACCCUUCAAAUGAGAAGCCUGACUAUAGGUGAGUUAGUGACAGAAGGCCGGAGUUUGAUCCAGAUACUGGGACUCUAGAGACAACCUUCUUCCAUCGUGUCGUCCUGGGGUUCGCAUCCUGGCCUGGGUUGUGUACUUUGCAGUCACCUCAUCCAGGCUGGACAUCAUAUACAGUUGGACUGCUUUAAUCAAGCCAUAUUAAAAUUAAAUGUCUUGUUGUUGGAACCGUGUCAUAACAUUACUGCUGGGGUAAUGUAAAUAUUGUAUGUGUGACAAAGUGUACCAUACUGUAUGUGGAGCUGACUGACUGAUCAAACUAACUAUGGAAGUGCAGUCACAAACUGGAGCGAGUGGAUGAUUUCAAUAAAGAAUAGCUGUGACAAUUUGAA